UGAUGACGCGUCACGCAUGCUCACAGUUGCGCCGUGCUUGUUAUUUUACGCGGUUGGUCCAUCAGGCUGCAAAGUGUGACCACUGACUCUGAAUUUAAAGAUUCAACAAGAUGUCUCUCAACGACGAUGAAUCAUCUGAUAUCGAACUAGCCGGUCAAUCAAAGUUGGAGAGCUUCCUGUUCAGCCAAGAGCUGUCCUCCAAAGUACCUUUCUUCACUUUCCAGGGUGAUGAAGAGGAGGACCUGGAGCAUUUUCUUGAACUCAGAACAAUCUGCCUGGGAGAGGGAGCCAAGGAGGAGAGCAAUGUGGUGGAGGUUACAGCCAUGAACCACCAAGGAAAGAACAUUUCAGUGCCCAUCGCCAACCUUCACAUCAGCUGUCUGCCCAUGGUGAGUGUGGGAGAGUUUGAGCUGAAGGCCCCAGUGACCAUCAGGCUCAAGUCUGGAACAGGACCAGUCACUGUCAAUGGGUUACACCUCAUAGCUUCACGGGCAGAAGAGUCUGACCUGUCCGACGAUGACGAGGAUGAUUUUGAUGAGGAAGACAGUGAAGAGAUCAGCCCCAUUAAACCAGCAAAGAAGAAGCUGAAGCAGUAGGAGGAGAGGUCGCUGAUAGCUUUUUGGAGCAGCCUCGUUGGUUACCUUGAACGUGUUCUACUGAGGUGUUUUGUACCAGACGGACACAUUUUACUCUGAAAUUGUGGCCUCCUCACUCUUCAGUUCUCAACAGUUAAACCAUCUGUGGUUAAGACCGUCACUUAAAGAACUGUUUUUGCUACCCAGCAUUUUCUACUGUAUGAGAUACAGUCAACACUUCCAUGGAUUUAUCACAGCAGUGAUGAAGACAUGUCUUUUACCACCCGGGGAUUCAUGAACUGUUCACAGAUGAUGUAAACAAAAAGAGAACCUUCAUGUGAGUUUGGGUGUAUGGCACGUGUGUGUGUGUGUGUGCGCGAGUGUGUGUUCCAGAUUAAUUAUGAUUUCAACUCUCUGGUGCGAACAGAUGAAUAACAUGCAUACAGUUUAUGAAAUGUUCUUGGUGCACAGCUUUCACUUGUUUGUAGUUCCAGAACACUGUUUUUCUAUAUGUUCAUGAUAAAUGUGAAGAUUUUGUACUUCAAGUGAAAUGCAUCCAAAUAAAUUCUGAAUAAAUCAUUUUUAGCCAAUCA